AUGUCGGAGAAGCAAAAGGGCAUCUCGCUGCGCAAGAAGCGCGGCGACAAGAGCAAGAAGAAUGCUCCGACCAUCAGCGCGCCGCGCCAGAUCAGUGCGCCCAUGCCCGCGGGCGCGGCAACCCUCCCGAGCUCAGGACGGCCCUCGCAGGACUCGGGCCGGUCGCGCACCAGAGGGCAGCGCGACGAGGGCAACGCGCAGUCGCAGUCGCAGCCGCAGCAGCGCCAGCGGGCGGACAAGACGGCCGACCUGGUCAAGCGACGGUACUCGCAGAAGAUCCUGCAGCUGCCCAGCGACUUCCCCGGCAGCGGCGCGCCCAUGCCGGACCUACCGCAGAUGCCCAGCCAGUAUAGAGACGGCAGAGACGGCAGAAGCGGCAGAAGCGGCAGAAGCGGCAGAGGCGGCGGCGGCGGCGACGACGGCAGCCAGACGCGCGACGGGCCGCCCGACCGCAGCGCCGACGGCCGCGCGCUCACGGUCGACAUGCGGGCCCUGCGCGACCCCGGCCUGCAGCCCGAGCAGUACGUCGCGGCGAUGCUGGCCGACGCGACCGAGGACGACGUGCGCCGCUACCAGGACGAGCUGCGCCGGGCCAGGCACCGCACCUCGAUCGACCUGCAGAGCAACGUCUACCAGAAUCGCACCCAGUUCAUCAAGAUCAGCAACGAGGCCGAGAAGCUCAAGGCCGAGAUGCGCACCCUGCGCCAGCUCAUGGCGGACCUGACGACCACGCUCGAGCAGACGGCCUCGGCCUCGGCCUCGGCCUCGGUCACGGCCAACGGAGACGCCGCCGCGGCCGCCCGCAGAGCCAAUCGCAGCUCCAUCGGCGACCUGAACCAGAUCCGCGCGGGCCAGCUGCAGCAGCUCUACCGCGACGUCGAGGGCUCGCAGAAGUACCUGCCGCCCAUCCCCGGCCGCUACAUUGUGUGGAAGUCGCGCCGCUGGUUCGAGCUGGACUCGGCCACCCUCAAGGCCCGCCGCCGCGUCCGCCUGCUGCUGCUCAACGACCACCUGCUGCUCGCGGCGGAGAAAAAGGCCCGCAACGACGUGGCGGCGCAGCGCGACCGCAACCGCUCCGCGGUCGAGUACCUCGCGCAGCGCUGCUUCGCCCUGCAGGACGUGUCCGUCUCGCGCGCGCCCGAAGAGCGCGUCAUCAUCCGCGCCGGGCCCGAGUCCAUCACCCUCGACACCAAGCAGGAAGACACGGCCGACAAGAUCACCUUCCUGUCCACCUUCCGCAAGACCAAGGACGACCUGCGCAAGUCGCACGAGGCCGACGUCGAGGACAAGGACCGCGCCCAGGACAGCUACAACCACAUGCUCUCCCGCGACCCGGCCCUGCGCAGCCAGACCGACCUGCUGGAGAGCUUGGGCGAGGGUGCGGCCCACAGCACCGUCAGCACCUUUGUCGACACGGACGGCCAGACGCGCAACGUGCGCUGGGUCGAGUCGCAGCUCGACGACCUGGAUAUUGAGAUUGCCCUGCAGCGCUUCGAAGCCGCCGUCGCCAAGGUCGAGCGCCUCAAGACGCUGUCCCAGAACAUGCGCGGCAACGAAAUGGCAAAGACCAUUGUCACCUUCAAGGUCAACGAGCGCGCCGCCCGCCUCGCAACCGUCCUCGUCCGCCAGCUCGGCGAGCCCAACUCGUGGAACGGCCCCAUUGGCCAGCACGUCACGUGGGUCAACAGACUGGGCUUCGAGGACCGCGCCCGCGAAGCCUACCUCGACGCGCGCACCGGCCUCAUUCGGGCACGCUCACGACAAUGCACCUUUGAAGGCUCCCAUCCAACCUACAUCUUCCAAAUCUCCUACAUCUACUUCCUGCUCAUCAAAAACACCGUCUCCACCUUCCAGACCUGCUUCCCCCAGCCGCUCAUGUCGGCCUGCGUGAAAUGGGCCAAGGAGCACGUCGACCACUUCAACGUCAUCCUGGCGCGGCAGCUGAGCAGCGUCGACAAGGGCGGCGACAUCUGGACCCAGUGUCUGGACCUCGCGCAGGAGCAUGCGGGCAUGCUGCGCGACGUGGGCCUGGAUUUCGCAGAGCUGGUGGGUGCGGCCGUGGGCGCGCCCGAGGGGGUGGAGCUGCGAUCGAGCGAGCCCGUGGGAUUGGGUGUGAGUUCGUAG